GAGCCAGGCCGUCACGGCCCCCUGAGUGCCUGGGAUCCUCGAGCUAUAAGACGACGGCCGUCAAGUACUCCCUCUUUUGCUCACCACAUCCUCGCUCGCCAUGCCGCGCCACAUCUGCCUGCUCGCCGGCGCGCUCCUCCUCUCGGCGCCCCUCGUGGCCGCCGAGCCGGCGCUGGACCCCGAGGGCCUGCUCAUCUACAUGCCGACCAUCGGCGCGGCCGUGGGCAUCGGCGGCGCCUACCUGCUGCUCGCCGCCGUGCACUUCUUCCACAUCUUCCGCAGCGGCGCCAAGUGGGGGCUCUGCCUGCCCAUCGGCGGCCUCUUUGCCGCGCUCGGCUGGCUGCUGCGCCUGCCCGUGCGCACCAACCAGCGCUCCACGCCGCUGUAUGCCGUGCAGCAGCUCUUCAUUGUGCUCUCGCCCGCGGCCUUUCUGGCGUUCAACUAUAUCCUCUACGGCCGCCUCAUCGUCGCCAUCGACAAGUCGAUCGACAUGGGCGGCAAGAAGCGGCAGCGCUCUGAAUUUUCACCCAUUCCGCCGCGCAUCGUCGGGCGCCUCUUCGUCUGGAGCGAUGUCAUUACCUUUCUCGUGCAGUGUGCCGGCGGCGGCAUGCAGGCCACCGACAUGCACGAGACGGGCACCAAGAUCUUCCUCGUCGGCGUGAUCCUCCAAGGCGUGUCGUACCUGAUCUUCACGGUGCUCUCCCUCACGGCGCACUUCCGCCUGCGCCGGCUGGACCGCGUCUUUGCCUUUCGCAACCUCUUCGCCUCGCACCCGACGCUGCGUCUGCUGCUGGCCAUCUACAUUGCCUCGGUGCUGAUCCUCGUGCGCUCCGUGUUCCGCAUCGUCGAGGCGUCCGAGGGCUACGGCGGACCCCUCAUGGCCAACGAGCACUGGCUCAUCUUCCUCGAUGCGCUGCCGCUGCUGCUCGCCGUGGCCAUCUGGGCCGUGCUGUGGCCCUCGGCGCUGCUCGAGGAGUCGUCGACGCUGGCGGCGCAGCGGCACGAGAUGCGUGGCCUCGCUGGCGGCGAUUGCGAGCAGGUCGCUUCCUCAGAACGUGCGUCGAUCGCGAAGCCGUUCUGACCGUGCGCAGCCGUCGAGUCUGGGGCCCCAACAUGGUGCGGCGCUCCCGCAUCGUCCGGGGCUCCUCACUGCGGAGUCACCGGCCCCCUUUACCCGUAGAGCAGACAAGUCCGCGUUCCCCGCGUUUUGGGCGCCCCGGUCGCCUCUCUGUACAUGCAUGUGUCUCAGGAGGGCAAGCAUCUUGAUGUCACGACGUGUGCGUUUCU